CGAAGUGGUGGCGGCUGGCAUGGCGGUGGAAGAGGGUAAGGGUCUGAUGGAGAGGCGAUGAUGUUCGCCGAGGAGGCUAUGGCGGUGGAACUGUGGAAGAGGGUACGGUUGUACGGGUUUGACGGAGGCGAUCAUGUUCGCCGAGGAGGCCGUGGAGGUGGAAGAGGGUAUGGGUCUGACGGAAGCGAUCAUGUUCGCCGAGGAGACCAUGGCGGCGGUGGAGGGUUUGAGUCUCGCGGAGGAUGAGACUACGGUGGUGGCGGUGGCAAUGACCGCGGCCGCGAGAGGCGCAGGAGCUUCGGUUCUCAGCGAGGUGACAGAGGCCGAAGAGGCUAUAGAGGAGGGAGGGCGUGGGGGUCGCGGAGGAAGUGGCGACGGCCGGUAUAGCUGUGGAAGAGGGGUAUGGGUCUGACGGAGGCGGCGAUGUUCUCUGAGGAGGCUAUGGCGGUGGUGGUAGCGGAGGAGGAGGCUUGGUGGCGGCGGUGGCGAUGACCGCGACCGCAAGAGGGGUAGGAGGGUCUCGAGAGGCCGAGGAGGUUAUAGAGGUGGUGGUGGACAUAAGCACGAGUCCGGCGGUUCGCGUGGGCCCCGUCAUGGCGAUGAGGUCCGCGAUGGGCGUGGGACUGGCGGCGGCGGACGUUCGUCCGGUUCUGGCGAUCGGUGUGGCGACAACGUGCGGCGCGGCGGUGAGUACACCUUCCCGCAGCCGGCGCUGGCUCCAUCAUCAUCACCAGCACCAGCGGCACCGCUCCCACCACCGACAAGCAAACAUCAGCGCCAGCGCCAGCAGCGAAGAGGAUCCAGGACAAGUUGUCCACGAGCUCGUCGAGUUCUGUUGCACGAGUCAAGUGAGGAAGUGCUAUUCGAUCCAAAGGGACUCAGAGAGGCGCUUACCAAAGCAAAGCAGGCCGCAGCCGAGGUGAACCAGAAGAUGCAGCUCCUCUUCUGCGCAAUGUCUGAGCAUCAUCCUGGGUACAAGAUGCUCAAGUUCAUCUGCGAGACCCAAUGCUUCUUUAGCCGCCCCGCGGACAGUACUGACCAACCUUGCUCCGACGAUCAACGGUAAGAUCAGCGGCAGCAACAUCCAGCAAGAUCACCAUGGUCGUUGCCAGGUAGAAUAUAUCCUCUCUGCCUCAAUUUUCUGGUUGUCGCUGGCCAUGGGGGUGGUUUUUCGAUACUCCAUAGUACAUUUUUGUCCGUGUCAUAUCUUCUCCAGUCUUACGCAUAUACUGUCAGGCUAGCUGCAUGGUUGCACAGUAAAAGUAUUUUUUGCAAUUCUCAUUAUCCUG